GUUUAUUGGGAUGUGGAUGCUCAAAAGAUCAAAUCUUAGAUAAAAGAAAAAAAAUUGCAGAAUACCGACCUUCAAUCUCAAAUAAAAGAUUGUAUCAUUGUUGUAAUUGUAUUGAUAUAAUAUAUGUUGAUGAUAUAGUAGAACAGGAAAAUAAUAAAUUUUUAUGUAAAAGAUGUAAUAAAGAUUUUCUUGAAAGAUUACCUAAUAAUGACAGAAGAAAAAUUGAAUAUAUGCAAAGUUCAGAAUAUCAAAAAGAUAUUGUUAAAUGUGUUGUAUGUGAAAAGGAUCAUCAUCAUUUUCAUUUUGUUGAAGGUGCAGGCAAUUUUUGUAAUAUAGAACACCAAAUUGCAUAUUUGGUGUCUAAAGAUAUUGAAAAUCCAAAUAAACAUUUAUGGACUCGAAUAAUUCAUAGAACAGAAUCAACUAAAACAAAAAUGUCAGCAUAUUCAUUAAAUCAAACAGCAAUUUUAAGAACAGUUUUAAAAUUCAGAAAAGAAAUAAAUAUUUCUUAUGAAGAAGCUUUAGAUGAACAAGCUGGAGAUAUUUGGAAUACUCAAGAAACAACAGAUGAUACUGAUGACUGGUAUAGUGAUGAUUAUAGAUUUACAAGAGUUAUAAAUAAUUUAAAUAUUCCACUUGAACAAGAACUUGAAAAACAAAGAUUAAGAAAAUUAAUAGUAGAAUCAUUUGAUUUUAGUUCUAAUAUUGAUAUUGAAGAAAUUUUAAAUAGUUUGUAUGAUCGAUUUGGUGGAAAUUUACAAAAUAUUACAUUUUGUAAAA